AUGCGCGGCCUCUUUGCUAUCUUGACUGGACUAGCUGCUGCUCUUAUGGCAGCUGAACCAAGCAGCGACCAAACGCACGUGCGAUGUAGGAGUGAACCAAGCGAGGCUUUCCUUGCAGAGUCGCAGACACCCCAUGGACGCGCCAAGCGAGAGUCCCCCGGCCACACGCUUGCCCCCCGCAACGAAAGUAGUCUCCUCCUAGAUGCCUACUUUCACGUCGUCACGGCUACCCCGGAUGAGAUUACCGAGGACCAGCUGCACCGACAGAUUGAAGUUCUCAACGACAACUUUGGUCCAUAUGACAUCCAGUUCAAGCUUCGUGGCAUUGACUGGACACUGAACGCUACCUGGGCGAACAACACGUACGACUACUGGAUGAAAAAGGAGCUCCAUAAGGGCGACUAUAAAACCCUCAACGUUUACUUUAUCUCUAGAAUGUAUGGUGGUGGUCUUGGUGAAUGCACGUUUCCCGAGAACAGCACUAUCCCUACAUUCGACAUCACCAGGUUCAUGGACGGCUGCACCGUCGACGCCCAAACUGUCCCCGGCGGCAAGAGGAAAGACGCCAACCUGGGUAAGACAACGACACACGAGGCCGGUCACUGGUUUGGUCUGUAUCACACCUUCUACGGAGGAUGCGAUUUCGGCGACGCCAUCGAUGACACGCCUGCUCAAGCCGAGGCUGGAAGCCCAGAAAUCGGGUGCACGGAGCCACGAGAUACUUGUCCUGACCAGCCCGGCAACGAUCCCAUGUUCAACUACAUGGACUACACGGGAGAUGCUUGCUAUCGAGAGUUCACCCCUGGUCAGAAGGCUCGCAUGUUUGAAAACUUCUAUGUAUAUCGUGCCAAUGUGCAGUAA